CAGUGACACGAGCCCAGAGUGGGGUGGAGGGAAAUGCAGGUGAACUGUAUUUUGAGGUCUGGGGUGCUGUUUGCCACUCUGUCUCUUGCCAUUGCCAAGCACAAGCAGUCUUCCUCCGCAAAAGGUUGCUACCCAAGGGGGACACUGUCCCAAGCCGUUGACACACUGUACGUCAAGGCAGCGUGGCUCAAGGCAACAAUUCCAGAAGACCGCAUAAAAAAUAUACGAUUGUUAAGAAAGAAAACAAAAAACCUAUUUAUGAAAAACUGCAGAUUCCAAGAGCAGCUUCUGUCCUUCUUCAUGGAAGAUGUUUUUGGUCAACUCCAGUUAAAGAUCUGCAGGGAAAUACGUUUUGUGGAAGAGCUUCAUAGCCUCAGGCAGCAGCUGAGCCGUUGUAUUUCCUGUGCUUCCUCAGCUAGAGAGAUGAAAACGAUUACCAGGAUGAAAAGCACGUUUUAUGGGCUUGGAAACAAAGGAAUCUACAAAGCCAUCAGUGAACUGAAUAUUCUUCUUUCCUGGAUUAAACAAUUCCUGGAAAGCAUUAAGUAAUGCAAGGAGCCAAAUGCAUGGAUCUGAUUGCUCUUUUGGAAUAUAAUGCGAACCACUGGAAAUGCAUUUGUAAGAGUGUAUUUCUUUAAAAGUUUUUGUACAUCUUAGAUGAUGCAGAACAGACUAUGGGAAUUUAACAUAAUA